UUUUGGUUUUAUCCGCCGUUUCUGUGCCCACCGUCCUUAUCCGGCAAUCACUUUGUGGUUAUAUGGAAAUGCUUUCUGCAUCUUAUAUUGAAUACCUAUAAGGAAUUUCCUAUGCGCAUUUAUUGUGAUAGAACUUAAGUUUAAGACAUUAAUUGUUUGCUGGUAAUAUCUGCCAAAACGAACACUUCAGCAUUCUAUACACUUGAUGUAAAACAAAUUAUGUCUCGGUAAUCCGAAUUAGUAGGACGCCCACACGGAAAGUAGAGAGAUCCAGAAUUGAAUAUUGGCUGGAGCUUUUCGAAUACGUAGAUCUCGAAUACGUAGAUCUUAAGAAAAUUUUUGGAUGAGUUUUAUUCAACUCGAUAAACAGAGGCUUAUGAAGAAUCAACGUUCGCCGUAAUUAAGUGAGUAUAUGUUAUAAGUAAAGAGAUACUUUAAAAAUGCCUAAAAUAAAGCGAAAAUAUUAUGUAUAUUCUAAAAGUAUAGCUGAUGCAUCUAUUAAUCUCAUAGAAUCUAUUCCUGAUUUAUCUUCGUCAAUUACUAACACAUCUUUAGUUUCGAAUACUAAUAAUGAUAUAUUAUACAAUGAAAGAGAUAAAUUCGUAAACACGAAUCAUUUAAAUAAGAAAUUAGAUGAAGAGUUAACACAUGUCCAUAGUGAUAAUUAUGAAUUAAUAAAUAAUGAUGAAGAAGUUUUUGAUGACGAAAAUAAUAAUGUAAAUGAUAUGAAUAGUUACAAUAAUGAUGACGAUGCACUUAAUCCCAAUUUUUUAAAUAAUCUUGAACGUUGUGAGAAUGAUGACAUAAGUAUUACAUCAAAUUUGCAAGGAUGGGCUAUUAGAAAUCGGAUAACUCAUGUCGCAUUAAAUGAAUUGAUGGCAUGUAUUAAAUCUAAAUAUCCCGAACUUCCUCGAGAUGCUCGUACUUUGUUAGGCACUAUGAAAAAAGUACAUCUAGAUAAAGUUGAACCAGGAUACUAUUAUCAUUUUGGAAUAAGUCAUUGCGUGGAGAAACUUGUUUUACAAUAUCCUUUUCAAAAUUUGCAGACAAUUGAAAUUAUUAUAAAUAUCGAUGGCUUGCCUUUGUCUAAAAGUUCAGGAAGUCAAGUUUAUCCUAUUUUAUGCAGUUUGGUUAACAAUUACAACAACGUUGGCAUUAUUGGAAUUUAUCAUGGGUAUAAAAAGCCUGCAAAUGCUAAUAAAUUUUUACAAUCUUUUAUAAAAGAAGCUCAAGACUUGAUUACUCAAGGUGUAACAAUUAAUGGAAUAGUUUAUCCGUUUAAAAUUAAAGCUUUUAUUUGUGAUGUACCAGCUCUAUCUUUUAUAAAAUAUACAAAAGGUCAUUCAGGCUAUUAUUCGUGUACAAAAUGUGAAGCUAAAGGCGAAUAUCAUUUUAAUAAAGUAUGCUUUCCGUACUUAGAAAUUUUGAAUGUAAGAACAGACACAAAAUUCAGAUUAAAAUCACAGCCAGAUCAUCACACGGGUACAUCAAUAUUAGAACAAAUUCCAAAUAUAGAUAUGAUAUAUGAUUUUCCAUCAGAUCCAAUGCACUUACUUUUUUUGGGAGAAGUUAAAAAAAUUGUUGUCUCUUUAUGGUAUCAUGGAAAACCUCGUGCUAAAUUAUCAUCUCAACAAUUAUCAGUAAUAUCGACGUUAUUAGAAGAGCAAAGAUAUAAUAUACCAUGUGAUUUUAAUAGAAAAUCAAGAUCAUUAUUAGAAAGUAAAAGGUGGAAAGCGACUGAAUAUAGGACAUUUUUAUUAUAUACGGGGCCGGUUGUAUUGAAAUCUGUACUAAGUCAUGAUAAAUAUUUAAAUUUUAUAACUUUACACGCAGCUGUUACUAUUUUGUCCAGUUCAAAACAUAUUGAAUUAUAUUUAGAUUAUGCAAAAUUAUUAUUGCAAUACUAUGUUGAAACAUUUAUUAGUUUAUAUGGCAAAGAAAAUGUAUCGCAUAAUACACAUCAUUUAUUACAUCUUUGUGAUGAUGUGAAGAAAUUCGGACCACUGCAAGAAUUCAGCGCUUUCCCAUUUGAGAAUUACAUGCAAUCGAUAUUAAAAAUGAUUCGCAAACAUGAUAAGCCAUUGGAGCAGAUCGUUUGCCGGAUAAGCGAACAAAAUAAUUAUAUAAAUCCUAAUGUAAACAUAACAUCGGCACAGAUGGUACAAUGUAAUAAACCUCAACUUUUAAAUCCGCAUUUUAAUGGUCCGCUUGUAAAUUGUCACAACUACAAUCAAUUUAAUAAAAUCGUGUUUAAAAAAUUUGUAUUAACAAUUAAAGAACCUGACAAUUGUUGUUGUUUGUUGGAUGGAAGUAUUAUAGUUAUCCAGAAUUUUGCUACUAAUAACGAAAAUACUAUUGUAAUUGGAAAUAAAUACAAGACACUUAAAGAUUUUUAUACCAAACCUUGCCAAUCUUCAAAAUUCGAUAUUUAUGAAGUUUGCAAUCUCGGCAAUUUACAAAUUUGGAAUUUGGACCAAAUUGCAAAUAAAUGUGUUAGACUAAAAUACAAAAAUAGAUAUGUUAUUUUUCCUUUAGUACAUGCACAAUCAUAAAAAUCAAAACACAUUAAUUUUCACUAAAUUAUUACGAAAACAAAAUUAUAGUUAAGGAAGCGAGUAG